CCACCCACUCACGCCCGCGCGCACGCACGCUCUGCAUACGUCUCCACUUUGCCGUAGUAUCUCAAAGACGAGUGCGGAUCUGUCUCUUGUGUUCGCCCUUUCUUCGACAGACUGACUUGGGGAAACGCUCGAGAGAGAAACAGCUCCGCGUAUCUUGUGUGUGUCUGUGAGGACCCCUGCAUCAUGCCUGUUUAGCUGCCCUGCGUGAUGCCUGAUCAUGACAGCACCACCCUCCUAACCAGACAGACCAAGCGCCGGCGUGUUGACAUCGGGGUGAAAAGGACUGUGGGUAGCACAAUAUUUACCCGCAACAGGGAGACGCUGCUCGACAGAAUGAACCAAUCACACGGCCCCGAUCAGGAUGGAGACUGCUCAUUGGUCAGCCACAGCCAUGGGGGAACCAACAGUGAUGGAGAGAAGUCAAAUGUUCUGAGGAAGCUGCUGAAGAGGGCCAACUCCUACGAAGAUGCCAUAAUGCCUUUCCCUGGCGCUACAAUCAUCUCCCAGCUAUUGAAGAAUAAUAUGGGAAAAAAUGGAGGGAUUGACUCAGGCUUUCAGGGUAGUGGAGCUUUGUCGAGUGGAGGCUCAGAGAUCCAUGCUGAGGACGCUUGUAGCAAUUCUUCCCGUGACAGAGACAGCCCAUCUGACUGCCUUUCUCCUGGGCCUCCUCUGGCCCCUCCGACCUCCUCCUCCUCCUUCGGGCGGCCCGUGCCACCUUCAAACCACAACUCCCAUGCCCCUACUCAGCCCCUCCCCCUCUCCUCUUUUGACAUGGACCGACUGUCGGAUGAGCAUCUCCGUGCCAAGCGAGCCCGUGUGGAAAACAUUAUCCGUGGCAUGAGUCACUCUCCGUUGGUCCGGCCCAAUGCCAGCGACCGCAACCAAGAAAGCAACCGUGAGAAUGAAAACAGCAGCAACAGCAAUGACCACAGAGGAGACAACAGCAGCCACAACACCAGCAGCCGCAGCGAAUGCCCUUCUUCCCUGCUGAGCUCUCCAGGUUCACGGGGCGGUGUGGUCACUGUUGGGGAGGUUUACAGGGAGAAUAAGAGAAAGCAGCGUCUGCCACAGCAGCAACACAGCUUCACCCAACUGGUGUGUUCCAGGCAGGAGCAGAGACAGGAAGAGAGAAGGCAGCUCAAACUGCAGCUGGAAGACAUGCAGAAACAACUGCGUCAACUUCAAGAAAAGUUCUACCAGAUCUACGACUCAGAAACAGAGGAAGAGGAAGAAAACGGUGAGAGUGGAGAAGCUGACCGAAGUGGGGAAAGAGAGGAGGAUGGCAACUUGUCAGAGGACAGUAUUCGCUCUGAUGGUCUGGAGGAGAGGCCCAGAGACAGAGGGCGGCACAGCCAUGAUGACCUAUCCGAGCUAGACCCAGGUCUGUUCCUGGAUCGGGCUAGAGCUCUCCUUCGUGAGCAGGCCUUAAUAGAUGGAGAAAUGGAAGAGGAUGUGGACAGCAGGGAGGAAGAGGAGCGGAAUGGAGAAAGAAUGAUGAAGAGGAGAACAGCAGGAGGAGGAGGAAGGCAGUUAGCUGAGACUCUGAAGCAGGAACUGAACUGUGCAGUGUCACAGGUCGUCGACACCGUUGUCAAGGGAUUCUCCUCGCCCAAGCAGACCACCAAUCACCAUCAUGGCUGCCAAAGCAGUACACCAGCUGCACCCUCCUCUUCAUCCAACUCAUCCACUUCCUGUCCACCACCUUUCGGCCCCCUGCCCCCUCUUACCCCAGAUUCACGCUUUGGUGGUGGCACCUUGGCACUUAGUUUGAAUGGUGAUGCUAGUCCCACCCCCAACUACCACUCCUCCAACCAGAGGUUGCACUGCUUUGCAGACGUAAUUGUCCCAAGCCCACUGGAUUCAUUUGGUGGUUUAAGUGGCAGACUGAGCGGUGUGCCGACACCCAACGAUCAAACAGAGGCACUGCCGCUGGUGGUGCGCAAGAGCGGAGGAAGCAACGGAGAGAACGGCAACCCUUCUCUUCCUCCACCUCCACCACCUCACCAUCCCUCUCUUCACCCAUCUCCCCUCACAGCUUCACUUGGGUUUAGCCCUCCAUCUUUUCGCCACCCAUUCCCUCUUCCCCUCAUGGGUUAUCCCUUUCAGAGCCCCCUGGGUUCACAUGGGGGAGCCGGCUAUCCUCCAGGGCCAAAGGACCACCACCGGUCCUCCCCAGAUUCCAUGGACAUAACCCGGGAAAGUGUCAGUAUCCGAACCAAAAUGGCAUCCCUUGGAGGAGGCCAUAUGGGUCACCAUCACCACAGGCAGAGCUCUCCAAGCCAACAUGGGCCAGAGGGUUUGUCGCUAUCCCUCAUUAAGUCUGAGUGUGGGGAUCUGCAAGAUAUGGCCGACAUAUCGCCCUACUCAGGCACCACCAUUCAGGAGGGCUUGUCUCCAAACCAUCUGAAGAAAGCCAAGCUGAUGUUCUUCUACACGCGGUACCCUUCCUCUAACAUGCUCAAAAUGUACUUCUCUGAUGUAAAGUUCAACCGGUGCAUCACCUCCCAGCUGAUAAAAUGGUUCAGCAACUUCAGGGAGUUCUACUACAUUCAGAUGGAGAAGUUCGCACGGCAAGCCAUCAAUGAAGGGGUGACCGCUACUGAGGAGCUGACAGUGAGCAGAGACGCAGAACUUUUCAGAGCCCUCAACAUGCACUACAACAAGGCCAACGACUUUGAGGUUCCUGAACGAUUUCUUGAGGUGGCCCAGGUGACUCUUCGAGAGUUCUUCAAUGCCAUUGUGGCUGGAAAGGAUGCUGACCCAUCCUGGAAGAAGGCCAUCUACAAAGUGAUUUGCAAACUGGACAGCGAGGUCCCUGAGGUGUUCAAAUCCCCCAACUGUCUCCAAGAGCUCCUUCAUGACUGACUAGGACAUGUGAGGAAACAAAGCAAACAUGAUAAACCUCCAAGGACCAUGAGAAGACUGUGAGAAAAUGCCUCCAAAGGUGCAGAUAUAGACUAGAUCGAGAUGAAAUGCUUUUGAAGGCGUUUGACCUUGAUAACAUGAUGCAGAGUUUUGAAGUGGUUCUAUUUGGAGGAUGCUGGAGAGGUUUUCAUCUUUUAAAGUCAACACUGCCCCCAAGAUGUUUUAUAAUGAAAAGAUAUUCCUCUUGAAUGAAACAAAGGGCUCAGACUCAGUCUGAUACGCUCAAGUUCAUUCAUUAUGUUGAGACUUUUAUAAAUGAAAAGCAAAACUGAGAAAUUAAACCUCUUUGCACUUACUGAAAAGUUCCUCCGUGCUGAAAACCCUGUCGUCUCUUUCUCCUAAAGAAUCCAGACUUUUUCAUCUUUCUUAAGAGGAAAAAAAGCGGUGAUGAGGAGGAUUCUUCAGCUUUUGACUUGAAGUCGGGAGUGAACUAACAAAACAGAAGAUAAUAUAUAAAAAAAAGUCUUUUUAUCGUGGAUGUUUUUAAGUUACAUGGACGUUUUUU